AAAACUGUGGCGGGCAGACGGCAGUGAAUUUGAAAAUAAUCGAAGUGUUACAAAGCGAUUGAACUAUCUCAGUUCUCAACUUUAACGACUUUCUACGGAUCAAAAAAAGAAGAACGAUGGCUCUGUAUCCAUUUAACUGGGGUUACGAUUGUCCUCUCUCUCACAACUGGCCUAGCCGUCUCCUCGAUCAGGAUUUCGGAUUGACGAUUACACCAGACGAUCUGCUGACAGCUGUCGCGUUGCCUUCGUUAUCCACCGAUUACUUCCGACCCUGGAGACAGCUCGCGGCCGCAGCUCGUGACAUCGGCUCCAGUAUCAAGGCGGAUAAGGAUAAGUUUCAAAUAAACUUGGAUGUGCAACAUUUUGCACCGGAAGAGAUAUCUGUGAAGACUGCGGAUGGUUUCAUCGUGGUGGAGGGUAAACAUGAGGAGAAGCGUGAUGAACAUGGGUACGUUUCGCGACAGUUUUCGCGACGUUAUGCGCUGCCGAAGGAUGUAAUAGCUGAUCGAGUAGAAUCUAAACUAUCUUCAGAUGGUGUUUUAACAAUCGUUGCACCACGUGACGUUCCAGCACUACAAGCAAACGAGCGCGUCAUACCAAUAGCACGUACCGGACCUGUACGCAAAGAAAUCAAAGACGAAACGUCCGAGUCUAAGCCAGCCAAAAAAGACGAGAAGAAAAUCGAAAAAAAGAAGUGAAUUAAGUGUUUUUAUAUUAAUCUAAGGUGUAGCUUUGGAACUCUAAAGUUGAGGAAGCACCAAAGUCGCUAAUAGAUAUUAAGAUGUGUUUGGAAGAUGCAUUUCGAGAUGAUUAUCCUACCUUAGUAGUUUGUUGUGAGACUGAUAGUAUAUAUUGUGAUAUAGAUUGUUACUGAAGUGUUGACAGUUGAAGAAAAAAUAAAGCAUCUGUAUUAUCUUUAUAAAAUUGUUUUUAUUUAAAGAUCUCAUCUCAAAAUGUCAAAGACAAAGUGGGUUUUUAAGCAUUUUUUAUUAAGAACACAUUUCAGUAUAUAAUUGUGUAUUAAAAAUUGAUCAAAUAUAAUAAUUAGAACAAAUUUUCAAACUUUAUCGAAACUUUUG